GUCUGGCAAGUGCAGCUACUACCAAGGUUACACGGAAGGAUCCUCCAUCUCAGGGUUCUGGUUUGAGGACAAGGUCAGCCUGGGGGACAUGAUCCAGCACAACCCGCAGGUCAAAGCCAGGAUGGGCUGCCACUCGAACGAGAACAACCUGUUCUUCACUCAGAAGGCCAACGGCAUCAUGGGCAUCGGCCCUUCCUCGCUGAGCGGGGAGGGGAUCCUGGAGAAGAUCUUCAAGGACCGGGAGCACGUGAGCCACAAAGUUUUCUCUAUCUGCCUUGCAGAGUGGGGUGGCCAGUUCAACGUGGGUGGCUACGAUACCUCGUACCACACGGGGAGGCUGCAGCGCAUCCCGCUGAAUCCCGGGGGCUUCUACGGGGUGGGCCUCAGCGCCAUGAAGGUGAAUGGUCAAACCAUCACGAGCUGGGGCAGCACCAUGAUCGAUAGCGGCACCACGUACACCUACAUGCGGAGCAGCAACUAUCGCGCCUUGUCCUCGGCCAUCGAGAGCUACUGCUCAGGUGGCAGGUGCGGCGGCACCAAGCACGGGCGCAACUGCUGGACGCUGACCCAUGGCGUGGAUAAGUUCCCGACCAUCAUGGUGGUCUUCGGGUCUGUAGAGACAGCCUGGGUGCCUCAAGCAUACUUCUACAGGAAGCAUUCUACCAAUAGCUACUGCUAUGGAUUCGAAGAUGACGGGCCUCAUGCCAACACCGUGCUGGGCGCGGUGUGGAUGAUGCACAAGGACAUCAUCUUCGACUUGGACGCGAAGCAGGUUGGCAUUGCCGCUGCCAAGUGUCCUGAGCACAAGGAGCGUCCGGCCCACGUGGCCCAGGCCGCCGUGACCAGUGCCGCACCAACUGCGCCAGCGACCACCGCGCCGGCGACCACAGUGCCGGCCACCACCGCGGCGACCACCGCUGCGGCCACCACAGCCACCACGGCGGCGACGACGGUAGCCACCACGGCGGCCACGGUCAGCACGUGGAUCACAGGGCCUGCCACGACAGCGGCAACGACCGCUACGACAAGCACCACAGUGGCGGCUGCGGCAAUCGCGUCCAAGGUGAGUGCGCAGGUCGGCGCGAACCCGCGGAAUCAAGUGCAGAAGCCGCAGGAGCCACGACCACUGGGCGGAGCUGCGAAAGGUGCCCUUUCAGUUCGUGGCGGCGGCGGCGGCCGGGGUGGCUCUGGCAUGUCUCAUGCUCUUCUUCCUCCGGAAGUGCUGCGCGAAGCGGGACAAGCACAGGCAUGUCCAGCUGAAGGAUGA